AUGGGGCAAAGUAAAGGCUUUGUGGAACCGGUCUACUGGCUCAUGUACAGACCUCCGCGACUUAUCUUCAGCUUUGACGAGCUAAUGUCGAUCUGUGCCAAUGAAGAGCAGGACCUGGCUGAAAAGUACAGUGCAGCAAUCGAGGAAUGGUUGGACCGCAUGGCAUACAUUGGAGAGGACUUGACCAAGAUGCUGCGGAUACCCCACAAUCGGUUCUGGUCUCAUGCCAUGUAUGAUAAUGGUUUCCACCAGCUGCUUGAGUCGUACCUGAGGCUUGCACCAAGGUACACAGGACUGCACCGGUACACCAUUACCAAGGAGAUGCAGGAGGCUGACGAAAGAGUGCAUAAGUUGGUUUUCCGAACAUACCUUCGUCUUUCCACAAAUAAAGAGUCCAAGGUCAACUUCAUGGACAAGGAUAAGUUUGCUGACCUAAUCUACGAAAACUUCGUCUUUGACAUUGCCAAGCUCAUCGACAUCUGUGUUUUGUUCGAGCGAGGAAACCAUGACUUGGUUUGCCGCAUGGUGGAGCACAUCAUGAAAUGCCAGCCAAAGUACAACUCAGACCUGAAGGAAAUCGAGAACACCAUAUUCUUGGCAUUUGAUAUGGCAGCACAGUCCAUUCAGUCCCAGGAUGACAAGGACUCUGAGGCCAAGCCACGGCGCCUGGACGAGGGCAAGGCAGAGUCUUCAGAGCUGUGCCUUAUGCCUUUCCAGAAGUUCCUUGAUUGUAUCACGUACACAGUAGAUAUUUCUGCCUCCUUGGCAACAUUUUUCAACGUCUACCCGACAGCUGCCAAGAUCUUCACCCUCGAGAAAGUGGGGCCAAGGUUAGCGAGGUUUUUUGAUGCCACCUUACCUGUACUGAAAGAGGAGCUUGUACGUCGCAACAGGUUGCAGUCUUUUGAACCGGUGUUCUCACUGAUCAAGAAGCGGCUGUCAUAUGCCAAGGUUUGCGUGCUGAAACUCUUCCGCUGCUUGCUGCAGCAAUCCUGCCUACAGCCACUCAUUGAGAUUGGGCAGGAGAAGCAGAAGCAGGCUGGAAAGGAGAUUCCCUACAUUGAGUCUUUCUUUGAAGUCAUCUGCAACUGCUUGACAGAGAAACAUUUUAUAGUUUCCUACCAGCAGCGAUACCCACUUGAAGAAGAUAUUGGAAUGUUUGAACAGUACAACUUCUGUGUAGACAACACACGCACCCUCUACAUCCUUCAGAGCAUCAGCGCGAUCUACACUGAGCUGGGCAGUGCUCCACCCAGCAACCUUUUGAAUGCCCAGGAUGCGGCAGCCAACCCAAGACAAACACCCAAAGUUCCUGAAUUCCAAACGACCAAUGAAGCCGUGGCAGCAGCUGCUGAACCCUGCAAGGCUGAACCAGCAGAAGAAGAGUUGGGUGCUUGUGGUGGGGAACCAGCAGCAGUACCAUCAUCAGAAUUUCAAAACCUGGCAGAGCUCUUCCCAAAUCUCUCAACGAAAUUCCUGAAGGAAUGCCUGGAGUACUACAACAACAACCAUGAUGAAGUGGUGAUGGCAUUGCUGGACAAUAACCUGCCACCUAGUCUUAGUCAGCCUACUGUGUCCACAUCUACACCUGCGCCACUAGCAAUUGAGUCGAGAAGCAUUUAUGACAAUGAUGUGUUUGACAUCCUGAGAAGAAAUGACGUGGACAUGUCAAAACUUCACAUCGGGAAGAAGAGCAAAACCCCCAAGUCAUUAGAUGAUAAAGGCCAUGACAAGGUGCUGAAGGAGGUGUAUGAGAAAUACAGCAUAGUGCACGACGUGAUGGAUGGCAAAGGUGUCUAUGAAGAUGAAUACGAUGACACCUAUGACAGCAACGAUGUGGGUCUCCAGGAGCCAGCACCUGAAGGCGAGCUGUUCACACGCAGGGCUUUCACUACUCCCAGAGUUUUGGAGCAAAAACCAGGCAGAAGACACAGAGAAAAUCGAUAUGAAGACAGAGAAACAGACAUCGUAAGUGAGAUUCUAUUUCUCAUGCGUGACAUUCAAAUAUGA